UGUUUUGAACCCUAACCCCAGAAGAUAUAUAAAGCUGCCCUUGGCUGCUGAAAUCAGAAAGCAAGACAACAUGUCCAUCUUCUGGUGCUGGUUAGUCUGUGUUCUGGUGCUGCUGGGUCAAGCUGGGGCCAAACGGACUGGAAGUAAGACGAAGAGAGCGGUCUGCGGCGUUGGUCUUUUUAGGUGCUCCAACGGUCAGUGCAUUGAGGAGGAGUGGCUGUGCGACACGGAGAACGACUGCGGUAACAACGAGGAUGAAGUGGGUUGCCCUACUGACUGCUCAGGAGAACAUCAGGUGAAGUGUGCUAACGGCCGCUGUGUCCCCCUGGAAUACAGGUGUGAUGGUGACAACGACUGCGGCGACACAACCGAUGAGCAGGGAUGUAACACGUAUAAGUGCUCACAACAUGAAAUCAAAUGCCCCAACAAUGUCAUCUGCUUUCACACUGCGUUUCUGUGUGAUGGCAAGAGGGACUGCCCGGAUGGGUGGGACGAGGUUCGUGCCAACUGCCCAUCCUUUACAGGAUAGAACCGACAUCAUACAUACCGACUGAAACUCUAGGCUACACAAGCCUUUACUUAUAUGUACAAAAGACUACGUACAUGUUGAAUUAAUUUGUAAUAAAAUUCUUGUAAGAUAAAGAGAAUGAAAAACAACAAUAAUAAAAAAUCGUUUGUGGAAACCAGA